UCUGAAGAGACAGACCUGGUAUGUGAUCAGAUCUGGUUCUUGGACUCUCAAGAUUUAGGAUCUAGAUCUUUACACCCGAGAGUCUCUACCCGAUGAAAUCCUGGAGUAUGAGGGUGAACCCGGUGUUGCAGCUGUCUGUUUUGCUGAUGGGAUUCUGUCAGGCCCAUCGUGCCCUGGCAACAGAUGACGCCUCCACAUCACAGGAGUCAGGUGAGGUUCCCGUGUCCCAGCUGAGGAUGCUCUCACUGGGACUGGCUCACCUGCUGCACGGGGUGGAGAAGAACACCGAGCAGCUGGAGCAGCAGGGAGAGCAGGUGGCGGCAGAGCUGGACGGGGCCACCAGAAGUCUGGAGAGCCUUCAUAAGCAGAGUUUAAAGUCAGGACGGACUCGCAGGCAGGUGAGGAGGGAUCUGCAGAUACUGAGUGCCCGGGGGGACAGGGUGUGGACGGCGGUCAAAGAUCUGCAGAAGGGGCUGGAGGAUCUGGAGACAGAGCAGAGAGCCACGCAGCACCGGAUGAACCAGAUCCUCCAAAGAGUGAAGAGCCUGACUCAGCUGAGGUCAGGAGGUCAGACUCAGCUCGGCGUUGGCUUCAUGAGGGUUAUCUUGGAUAAACAGGCCCAACAGCUUGCCAGUCUGACCUCAGUGGUUUCAGCCCAGGACAGGCUGAUCGACAGACGCCUGCAGCGCAUUCAACAUCUGGAAAAACAGGUGUCUGACAGCGCCCCAGCAGCACUGAGGGCAGAUUCUGACUCCAACUGUGUCUGAUGAGGACAGCUGCAUCAACACACACACACUCGAAACAAAUUCACUCACAAGCAGCAGUGAAAAUGAGUUUGUAAAGAAUGAACUGUACUACAGUGCAGGUUGAGAUGAAAACUGUUGGGACUACUAUUCUGUCCUCAACAAGAUACAGCUCUGUUCACAAAGGGUUCAGAAA